AAAAAAAAAAAGAUUGAAACUAAACUUCUAGAUGCAUAUAAAAAUAAAAAAUGCAAAAUUAUAAUUAUAUUUUCAAGUCGUUUUACAAAUUUCGUCCCUUCUUAGCGCAGCAGCUCAAAGUGAAAAAUAUAUAUAUGUAUGUAUGUACAUACAAGUGGAAGCGUUGAGAUAUUUUUGAUGGAAUACGUUGUAGAAAUUCACACGAAACGUUUAAAUAUAGCGAUGAUAGCGCUGGCUGAGGCAAAAUCAUUGGUCAUUUAGUAUAAUUGAAUAAUGCAAUAAGAACAGCGCUGCAGAUAUUGCAAGUUUACGUAUUAUUUCUAAAUGCAACUUUGCAAAGCGAUUCAAAUUAAUGAGCCAUCAAUUUUGCAUAUAUUUCAAGCGAGUAGUGAAAUCGGAGGGACGAGCGGAGCGAAUGACGAACAACAACGCAGAAAAGCAAAUCGUAAAAAUCUAAGAAAUUAAUCAGAUAGACACAAGGGAAAGUGGCGGCAUAGAGCAGCAACGAAUUCAAUUUUCGAACACUUAGUGCCGUUUCAGACAGGGAUGCAAAAGAGUCUGACGUUUUUCAAAUUUUCUUUUGGUGUCGCUCUGGGCAUUCACACGGUCAAAAAGAGUCCAGCAACUCGAGUCUAGUUUUUCUGCAUUCCUUUUCACAAAAUGUUCGUAAAUAUUUGUGCGGUUCGACUGCGCAACACCGCGCAACACUGCGUGCUGCGUAUUUCAUUUGUAUGUUGAGAUGAUGGUCACACAUUUUGCUUGCAAUGAAUUACCAUGAAUAUGGUAGAACAAUAUGCAUAGUACAAGUACCUACCCGCUAAAUAGUUUCAAAAAAAUACUAAAGACGGGAAUUCCCUAAUCCACAAGAAUGUAUUGAAUAUCCGCAACUAAUAUUUUCAAGGCCAAAUUUAUAAUAGCAAUUUCCUAAUCUUUAAGUAUUAAAAACUCAUAAUUUCUUUACUCCAUAAUCUAUAUCUUAAUUUUCUCCUUAUUUACAAUUUGUCAUAAUAUUUCUAUUAUUCUAUGCAUACGUAUUUGCAUAUUACAUACAAAAAUAGAUAACAGAACUCAAAUUUGCGAUCGAAUUCAUUUGAAACCGAGCGCUCUUGCAACCAUUCAAAGAAUUUGAAAGUGAAAAGGAAUGCUGAAAAGGGUAGCAGCGAGCUGUUACGAACAAGAACACAAAGCGUGCCACCCGAACACGAGUGGCACGGUCCCUUCGUCUUUCCUCGUCAUCCCCUCACCCACAAUAAACUGGUAUGAGACUCUUUUGCGUCCCAAUGUGAAACGGCACUUAGAGAAAGCCAACAAAGCGAAAUAAACAAUUCGCUUUCGCAGCAUUUUCACAAUCUAGCCUGUUUUUUUUUUGUUUUUUUUUUGCUUUUGGUUUUCAUCAGCAACGCCCCCACAUGGUCUUAUUUUUAUACAAAUUCAAGAAAUAACAACAAUAACGGAAUAUAAUUAAAAGCUGCUUGGUCCAUCUCUUUGUGGCUACAUUCUUAUAAAUUUACAAAUAAUAUGUAAAUACAUUUGAGGAUACAAAUACAAACUUAUGUUUAUACAUGCAUAUGUAUAGUAUGUUUAAAUAUAUGAAAUGUGUGUAUGUGUGUUUAUCAGAAGAGAAGAAAGUGCAAAAGCAAGCGAUUGAGAUCAACAAAAAGCAAGAAUAUUUUCACAAAAGCGCAAAAUCAUAUUCGUGAGGCAAAAGGCGAAAGCGAAUUGAGAGAGAAACGUAAAUGGAAACAGAAAUAGAAGUUCCUUAAAAUUCAGCAAUUGAAGAAAUGCGUGAAAAUGUGUGGAAAAUAUUGGAAAACUGGCAAAGCAGAUACAACAACCACAAUUAGCAUGGCCGUGUACAACAACAACAACUGAAUAUUUGGCCUUUGCUAAAAGGCCCACAGGCAGGGCAACGAGUGGCGCGCGAUGAUGGCCACUGCUGAAGUGCAAAGUAAACCUUUUCAACGUUUUGAAGCUUCUGCUGACUUUUCUCUACAGUUUUGGCGGAAAAUGUUGGCCAUUUAAUCAAAUUAUAAAUAUUUAUAUGUAUAUUCAAAUGUACGCGCAUAUAUAUGUACAUCGCAUAUCAUGUACAUUUUCAGAUUUCAAUUAUUUUUUCGUGUAUGCUAUUUUUUGUUGUAUAUGCUUAUAUGUUUGUAUAUAUGUAAAUAUAUUUACAGUUAAUUGUAUUGCCAGAAUGUGUUUGCUUGGAGAGAUAUUUGCCAACUGUAAGGAAAUUCAAACAUCCUUGUCAACCGAAAUGAAUUGCUCGGACUGAAGGCCAAAGAAUAAUAACAUAAACAGCUCACGGCAUAAUGGCAACAACAUUCAUCCAUCUGUAAUUUAUUUUUUUUCACUUUAGUUUAUUUUUUUUUUUUAUGAUUAUAUUAAAAGUGACGAUGACUUUCGACUGAGCGCUCAAUAAUAUUGGUCAGAUUGCGCCCAACCUUUCGAAUGGGCGAUUAUUCCGUUUCAUUAGCGUUACAUUAUUGAAAAUCGCUUUCUGCAGCCGUUACUCAUUGUUUAAAACUGCUGAAUCCACACGAAAAUGACGUCGCCUCUUCACAAAUAUUGUAUGCGAGCAAAACAAAUGUAGCAACGUCUAAGGUUCACAUAUAAAUGCCACAGCAGCCGCAUUGCCGCCAUAGCCCCUCACCUCACAUGCUAGCAUUGUUAGCCUAUUUUUAAAGAUGAAAAUCACCACCGCCAAUAGCAGCGGUGGCCGCGCUUUCCACACUCUGAAUUAUGUACUACAAGUUGCGCCGUAUUCCUGCUAGCCUAUAUAUUUUUGCGCUGCUUGGCAAAUGUAUUUUUGAAGUCCAACGAAAUACAAUUGUGGAUGGAUACACACAAGAACGAGCUAUUUUCUGAAACAAGUGAAAAUUCUCAAACAGCUGUUGCGUUUCGACGGGGCGAGUUCGCGUAAAAUUGGUCGUUUUAAAAUAAUUGUGCACAAAUCGAGAUAUUAACGAAUCAUCGAAUAAUUACGAAAAUUCUAAUAUAAUAAAAAUUAUUAUUAAUCGGACUGUGUGGAAUAAUUUACUUAAAAUUUAAUAAUUUGCUUUGAUUUGUUUGUAUAGUUUGUAGAGGUUAUAGUGAUUGAAGCGACACACAACGCGACUAACUAUUACGAUAUUAGUGAGAGACUUAACGGCAGUUUCGUCAUUAGUAUUGCCGUAAUUGUUUGAUAGUGAUGUUUUAGAGGCCUUACUCUAUUUUUAUCACUUUGAAAAUCUCAUAAGUUGGAAAACACGUGAAUCAGUUGAACGCCCGACACAAUGCCAUUCGUUGCGCCGAAGAGCGCUACCAGCAGUACUACUGGCCGCACCACUUUUCGGCCGCCAUGGGUGAAGGAGGAUUCGACUGCCAAUGCUAAGCCCUCGGUUCCGUGGGCAAAGAAGACAGCUGCCACAACAGGCGAUAAAGAUAAGGAAAAGGAGAAGGAGAAGGAGAAGGAAAAUGGUGAAAAGACGACCUCUACGUUGGCGGCCAAGAAGACUACGACACCAGUAAAAAAAGUAAAUGAAACAACAGCGGCUGGCAAAAAGACUGUCGAACCCGUAAAGAAAGCGACAGUGGAGCCGUUGAAAAAGAACGCAGAGCCAACGAAGAAAGUUAUUGAGCCAGUUAAACGUGUAGUAGAACCGACUAAGAAAGUAGUUGCACCCGUUAAGAAGGCGCCAGAGCCGCUCGUUGCCAAGAAACCAACAACCACUACGGCAACGAAAACAGCUGCUGCAGCAGUUAAGAAGAAGGAACCAACGCCAUCGUCAUCGGAAGAAGAGGAGACUGAAGAAGAGGAAGAAGAAGAGACUGAGGAAGAAGAGAGUGAGGAAGAAGAGGAGGAAAGCGAGGAGGAUGCGAAUGACAAAGAUGUGGAAGACCUUGAAGGACUGUCCGAUUUAGAAUUUUCCGAAAACGAGUUUACACAACCAUCCCUACGGUUAGGCGUGAAACUAAAGAAGACACCACAAGUUCAAAAAAAGGAAAAUGAAAGUGAGUUAACAAGACGCUUCUCAAUUGAAAAACCAAAAUUGCGACCAGUCAUGGUCAAGCGCGACAAGUCAAUGAAAAAAAUUGAAGGUGAUAGCGACGAUGAUGAAGACGAAAAUGAAGAAGAACGUGAACGUCAGUUACGUUUUAAAUUAGAGAAACCGAAAUUAAGACAUGUCAAACGCGAAGAAAAGCCCUUGCCAAGUAAGAGUACCGAGGAUAUUAUGAAAAUAAGACCUGUUUUGAAAAAGGUAUCCAAAAUCGACGAAAUACUCAAAGAGCCCAAAGAAGAGCCCAAACCCGAAUUCAAAACUAAACAGUUGCGUAAAGCACCUUCAAUCAAACGUGAGCCCAGCAUGAAAAACGUUCCCGCACCACCACCGCUGCCUUCCCUGGUGCCCAAAGCACCUCCACCACCGCCGCCACCAUUGGGCGCUCCUGGCGAGAAACGGAAUAUAAGUGAAACACAAAAGGCCGCCUUAGAAAAGCUUAAGACGCGACCGCGCAGGCGUCCAGACUGGUCAGAAAUGAUGAAGGAGGUGGAGUCUGGAAGGAAAUUGCGCCAUGUGGAAUGCAAUGACAGAUCUCAGCCGAUUCUUACAUGCAAGUCGAUGACGAAAGUGGAUAAUAAGUUUAUAUACGAAACUGAAAAAGAUAAUUCACACAAUAAAUUGCUUAAACAAAUUCAGGGUGGCAUUAAACUAAAGCCCACACAAACGAACGAUCGUAGUAAACCUUUCAUUGGCGGCUUGCGGAAGUUCCGUAAGCAGAUGACUAUAGAGGAACAAAUUCAGAAGUCUCAAUCAAAGAUUAACCUGUUAGCGGAGGCUGCUACCGCUGCUGUUGGUGCCGCUGUCAGUGCUUCUGGCACCAGCGAUCCAGCCGUGAUCACAAAUAGCAUUGUGGCCGCACUCUCGAUAGAUGAUCCUAGCGGUGAUGAACUCGACGACAUUGACAAAAUACGUGAUGACCUACAGAGUACGAAGCAAAUGUUGGCGCUCGAACUGCGCAAUCGCGAGGCACAGGAUCGUGAAAAUAAGAAAUUAAUUGCGCAAAUAGCUACACUAGAAGCCGAAUUGGAGCGCGAAAAAUCACGCGAAAAGAAUCUGGAAUAUGGUUCUCGUAUUAUUGUGGCGACCAUGGAUCCAACACCGGCCAGUGAGGAAGCAUACUUGAAUUCACUCAAGCAAGAAGCGGAUGAUGCUCGCAGAACAGCUAAGGAUUUAGAGAAAAAAUAUCUAGAUACAGGAGAGUUACUUGAUCAAGCUAAGAGUGAGAUUGAUGAACAAAAACGAACGAUACAGAUGCUGGAGCGCAAAUUAGCGCAGGCUUUGCAGGAUGAACAAACAACCAUGCCAUGCCCCAUAUGCGCUAAAAGACAACAAGCUAAAUAUUUUUAUUCAUACGAUGACCCUGAUGAUGUGAAAUCAUGCUUUGGCUUUGAUAAUUUUGCUAAUGGCUAUACUAACAUGGGAGGUGGCUCCUUGAAUGGAUCCCGACGUCCAAGUGACGUGCAUGGUGGUCGCGAUAGCUCUCCUGAGCUAGACUUAGAUAUGAGCGAGAGUGAUCCAGAUGAACCUGAGGAAAAGAAAUUAGAACGGCGCGAUCGUCGCCUGGCAAAGGAAGUGAAAGUGCUUCGAAGUAAACUAACAAAGGUAAAGGUUAAACGUGAAGCAGCUAAAAAGGAAAAAUUAGCACUGAAGCAAGCUAUGAAGAAAAAUCAUGCCAUACUCAAAGAGGAGAAUAAAAAGUUCAAAAAACUAGAGAAGGAAGUUCAAAAAAUGGCUGCUUCGAUGAAAGAGGAAGAGGAAGACGAGGAAGGCGAUGAAGAAAAGGAGGAAGAAGAAGAAGAUGAAGAAGAUGUAGAAGAGUCGGAAGAGGAAGAAGAGUCCGAAGAAUCAGAAUCAGAAGAGAGUGAAGCCGAAACUGAAAGCGAGUCCGAAGGCGAGGAUGCUAGCAAUGCCGAUAAGAAAAGUAAUCUGGAACCUCGACUAAAGAAACACGAAAGCCGUCUGCUAGCGAUGAAGAAAUGCAAUGUGCUAUUACAGGCCAAUGUGGACAAUUUACAGGAUGAAAUUACACAAAUACGUGCAAAGGCAGCGAAUUUACAAGCCGAAUUAGAUGCAGUAUUGGCCGAUUUGGGCUUCUAAACUAUCUCAGCAAUUCAUUUGGAUUGACAAGUGAAGAUACGCGUACAAGGAAUGCUAGAUGCAAUAUUCGUCGUCCUUUAUUAUUGUAUCGCGGUAUUUAUAGCCUUUAUUGCGAGUAACUAGAACAUUUUAUAAUAAAACUUACCUUAUGAAAUAAAUGUGAAUGCUUUGCACGUUUAAAAAA